AUGGCAUCUCCAAUCCUCACAUCGUUACGAGCAGCUCAGCCUAGCAUCUGCCGACAAUGCGCGACUCGACGGACAUUCUCAUACCUUACACAAUCCGCCAAACAUGAGAUUCGCAGCAGACCAACGACCAGCAAUGCGAUUGCUUUCUCAAAGUCCUCUCGGACUUUCACUUCGACCACGAAGAGGUCCAGAAAAUCGAUAGAGGAGGCGAAGACACAAUACAAGCUCGGCCCCUUCUCAUGGCAAGCAGGCAUCCUCUUCCUUCUCGCUGGCGCCGGCCUGACCGUCUACUUCCGCUACGAAAAAGCUCGUAUGUCCCGCGCACGAAUCGCCGAAGCGAACAAAGGCAUCGGCAAACCACUCGUCGGUGGACCUUUCACGCUCACAGACCACCACAACCGACCUUUCACAGACGCAAACCUCAAAGGAAAAUACAGUCUCGUCUACUUUGGCUUCACGCAUUGCCCGGAUAUCUGCCCGGAAGAGUUGGACAAGAUGGCUGGUAUGAUCGAGCGGGUGAAGGCUACACACGGAGAGGGGGUGUUGAGGAAUGUGUUCAUCAGCUGUGAUCCAGCGAGAGAUACGCCGGAGGUAUUGCAGAGGUAUUUGAAAGAGUUUCAUGAGGACAUCUUGGGAUUGGUUGGAACAUGGGAGCAGGUCAAGGAGGUUUGCAAGGCGUACCGGGUAUACUUUUCGACGCCGCCGGAUGUCAAGCCAGGACAGGAUUAUUUGGUGGAUCAUAGUAUUUACUUUUAUUUGAUGGAUCCGGAAGGCGAUUUUGUCGAGGCGAUUGGACGGAACUUCACGGUUGAAGCAGCGGCCAAGGUCAUCAACGACCACAUUGCAGACUGGAAGGGCAAGAUUGAUCGGUCAUGA